GAAGGGAAAGGAGGUGGGGAGGUAGUGGCCCGCGACUCUCUGAGCUCCGCUCGUGCCCCGGCCUUUCCCGGGCGCUCGGCCUCCUUCUUUCCCUCCUCCGUUCUCCUCGUCUUCCGUACGCGCCGAGCGCUGCGCUCGGCCGGCGUGCCUCGCGCCCUAACGGGCGGCCGGGGGCGCCAAUCAGCGGGCGGCAGGGUGCCAGCCCCGGGGCUGCGCCGGCGAAUCGGCGGGGCUCGCGGCCCGGGGUGGGAGGCGGGUCUACCGCUCGGCCGCGGCGGCGGAGGAGCAGCUCCCAGCCAGCAGCCAGCGAGCGCCGAGCGAGCCGCCCGGAGGUGGGUGCGCCGCGCCGCUGCGGCCGGCAGCGGAGGGCGCAGGGCGGAAGCGGAGCCCCUCAUCCCAUUCGGAAGAGGAAGGAACAAAAGGUCCCGGACCCCCGGCUCUGACGGGGCGGGACCCGGAGCCUCGGUCCAGGUUAGAUUAAGGAGGAUAUUUUCUUAGAGUGGAUCGCUGCCUUUGGUAAGAACAUGUCGUCCAUCUUGCCAUUCACUCCACCAGUUGUGAAGAGACUGCUGGGAUGGAAAAAGUCAGCUGGUGGAUCUGGAGGAGCAGGUGGUGGAGAGCAGAAUGGACAGGAAGAAAAGUGGUGUGAGAAAGCAGUUAAAAGUUUGGUGAAGAAGCUAAAGAAAACAGGACGAUUAGAUGAGCUUGAGAAAGCCAUCACCACUCAAAAUUGUAAUACUAAAUGUGUUACCAUACCAAGCACUUGCUCUGAAAUUUGGGGACUGAGUACACCAAAUACGAUAGAUCAGUGGGAUACAACAGGCCUUUACAGCUUCUCUGAACAAACCAGGUCUCUUGAUGGUCGUCUUCAGGUAUCUCAUCGGAAAGGACUGCCGCAUGUAAUAUAUUGCCGAUUAUGGCGCUGGCCUGAUCUUCACAGUCAUCAUGAACUCAAGGCAAUUGAAAACUGCGAAUAUGCUUUUAAUCUUAAAAAGGAUGAAGUAUGUGUAAACCCUUACCACUACCAGAGAGUUGAGACACCAGUUUUGCCUCCGGUGUUAGUGCCACGGCAUACUGAGAUCUUAACAGAACUACCACCUCUGGAUGAUUAUACCCACUCCAUUCCAGAAAACACUAAUUUCCCAGCGGGAAUUGAGCCACAGAGUAAUUAUAUCCCAGAAACGCCACCUCCUGGAUAUAUCAGUGAAGAUGGAGAAACAAGUGAUCAACAGUUGAACCAAAGUAUGGAUACAGGAUCUCCAGCAGAACUGUCUCCUACUACUCUUUCCCCUGUUAAUCAUAGUUUGGAUUUGCAGCCUGUUACUUACUCAGAACCUGCAUUUUGGUGUUCAAUAGCGUAUUAUGAAUUAAACCAGAGGGUUGGAGAGACCUUCCAUGCAUCACAGCCCUCACUCACCGUAGACGGCUUCACAGAUCCAUCAAAUUCAGAGAGGUUCUGCCUAGGUUUACUCUCUAAUGUCAACAGAAAUGCUACAGUAGAAAUGACAAGAAGACAUAUAGGAAGAGGAGUGCGCUUAUAUUACAUAGGCGGGGAAGUUUUUGCUGAGUGCCUGAGUGAUAGUGCAAUCUUUGUGCAGAGCCCCAAUUGUAAUCAGAGAUACGGCUGGCACCCUGCAACAGUGUGUAAAAUUCCACCAGGCUGUAACCUGAAGAUCUUCAACAACCAGGAAUUUGCUGCUCUUCUGGCUCAGUCCGUUAAUCAGGGUUUUGAAGCCGUGUAUCAGCUAACUAGAAUGUGCACCAUAAGAAUGAGUUUUGUGAAAGGGUGGGGAGCAGAAUACCGAAGGCAGACGGUAACAAGCACUCCUUGCUGGAUUGAACUUCAUCUGAAUGGACCUCUACAGUGGUUGGACAAAGUAUUAACUCAGAUGGGAUCCCCUUCAGUGCGUUGCUCAAGCAUGUCAUAAAGCUUUGUCACCAGUCAAGUCCCAUCAAAAGACUUAAUGUACCAACUCUUCUGUCAUAGUAUUUGUGUGUGGUCCCCGUGGACUGUUUACUAUCCAAAAAUUCAAGAGAAAACAGCACUUGAGGUCUCAUCAAUUAAAGCACCUUGUGGAAUCGGUUUCCUAUGUUUGAAUAUUAGAUGGGAAAAUUAGUGUCUAGAAAUACCCUCCCAUAAAGGAGGAAGAGAAGAUUUUAAAGACUUACUGAUGUCUUGUUGGGCAUAAAACUGAGUGUCCCAAAGGUUUAUUAAUAACAGUAGUAGUUAUGUGUACAGGUAAUGUAUCAUGAUCCAGUAUCACAGUAUUGUGCUGUUUAUAUACAUUUUUAGUUUGCAUAAAUUAGGUGUGUGUGUGCUGCUUCUUGAUUUAGGCAAUCCUUUAUAAAGUUACAGUACCUAAUCUGUUAU